GGCCGGCAGCUGCAGGCGGCCGGCUGGGGAGCUUCCUCCCGCGGCCGGGCAGGCGUCGCUGUUGCGGCCGGGGGUGCCGCUCAGGCUGGGGCUGGCCGGGUGCGGCCUCGGGGCUGCCCAUGGGGCGCGGGGGGCCGGGCCGGUGACGCCGGACGCCCAUGGACGCCCCUGAGGAGCCGCUGCCGCCGGUGAUCUACACCAUGGAGAACAAGCCCAUCGUCACCUGUGCUGGAGAUCAGAAUUUAUUUACCUCUAUAUACCCAACGCUUUCCCAGCAGCUGCCGAGAGAACCGAUGGAAUGGAGAAGGUCCUAUGGCCGGGCUCCCAAGAUGAUUCACCUAGAAUCCAACUUUGUGCAGUUCAAGGAAGAGUUGCUGCCCAAAGAAGGAAACAAAGCUCUACUUACUUUCCCCUUUCUUCACAUUUAUUGGACAGAAUGCUGUGAUACUGAAGUGUAUAAAGCUACAGUAAAAGACGACCUUACCAAGUGGCAGAAUGUUCUGAAAGCUCAUAGCUCCGUGGACUGGUUAAUAGUGGUGGUUGAAAAUGAUGCCAAGAAAAAAAACAAAACCAACAUCCUUCCUCGCACUUCUAUUGUGGACAAAAUAAGAAAUGAUUUUUGUAAUAAACAGAGUGACAGGUGUGUUGUGCUCACCGACCCCCUGAAGGACUCUUCUCGAACUCAGGAAUCCUGGAAUACCUUCCUGACCAAACUCAGGACAUUGCUUCUUAUGUCUUUUACCAAAAACCUAGGCAAGUUUGAGGAUGACAUGAGAACCUUGAGGGAGAAGAGGACUGAGCCAGGCUGGAGCUUUUGUGACUAUUUCAUGGUUCAGGAGGAACUUGCCUUUGUGUUUGAGAUGCUGCAACAGUUUGAAGAUGCCCUGGUGCAGUAUGAUGAGCUGGACGCCCUGUUUUCUCAGUACGUGGUCAACUUCGGGGCUGGCGAUGGUGCCAACUGGCUGACUUUUUUCUGCCAGCCGGUGAAGAGCUGGAAUGGAUUGAUCCUCCGAAAGCCCAUAGAUAUGGAGAAGCGUGAAUUGAUACAGAGGCAAGAAGCUACCCUGUUAGAUCUGCGCAGUUACCUGUUUGCUCGCCAGUGCACCCUGCUCCUCUUCCUGCAGAGGCCGUGGGAGGUGGCUCAGCGCGCCCUAGAGCUGCUGCACAGCUGUGUGCAGGAGCUGAAGCUCUUGGAAGUCUCUGUCCCGCCCGGCGCCCUGGACUGCUGGGUGUUUCUGAGCUGCCUGGAGGUGUUGCAGAGGAUAGAAGGCUGCUGUGACCGGGCGCAGAUAGACUCGAACAUUGCCCACACUGUGGGUUUAUGGAGCUAUGCCACAGAGAAGCUAAAGUCCUUGGGCUACCUGUGUGGGCUUGUGUCUGAAAGAGGACCUAACUCAGAAGACCUCAAUAGAACAGUUGAUCUUUUGGCAGGUUUGGGAGCUGAGCGACCCGAAACAGCCAACACAGCUCAGAGUCCUUAUAAGAAACUCAAAGAGGCAUUGUCAUCAGUAGAAGCUUUUGAGAAACACUACUUAGAUCUGUCCCACGCUACCAUUGAAAUGUAUACAAGUAUUGGGAGGAUUCGGUCUGCUAAGUUUGUUGGAAAGGAUCUGGCAGAGUUUUACAUGAGGAAAAAGUCUCCACAGAAGGCCGAGAGCUAUCUUCAAGGGGCACUGAAGAAUUACUUGGCCGAGGGCUGGGCGCUCCCUAUCACACACACAAGGAAGCAGCUGGCCGAAUGCCAGAAACACCUUGGACAGAUUGAGAACUACCUGCAGACCAGUAGCCUUUUAGCCAGCGACCAUCACUUAACUGAAGAGGAACGGAAGUAUUUCUGCCAAGAGAUACUCAACUUUGCCAGCCGACAGGCAGAUAGCCCAGGUCACAAAAUCGUACUCCCUAUGCAUUCUUUUGCACACCUGAGAGACCUCCGCUUUGCCCCCUCCAAUGCCGUGGUCCACGUGGGCGGCGUUUUGUCUGUGGAGAUAACCGUGUGCAGUCUGAUGCCCAUCCCUGUCCACGUGGAACAGAUCACCAUCAGUGUCCACUUCAGCAUUGAGAAAAACAGCUACCGGAAGACGGCUGAGUGGCUUACCAAGCACAAGACGUCUAAUGGGAUUAUUAACUUUCCGGUGGAGACCUUGCCUUUCCCGGCCUCUCAGAACAGUUUGCCGGCUCUGGAGUUGUAUGAGAUGUUUGAGAGAAGCCCUUCUGACAACUCCUUGAACACCACAGGGAUUAUAUGCAAAAACGUUCACAUGCUCCUGAGAAGGCAGGAAAGCAGCGCUGCUCUGGACUCGCCCUCAGGGGUGGCUCUGGAGGAGGGGGCCCAUGUGCUGAAGUGUGGCGGUGUGACUCUGGAACCAGGGGCCAACACGAUAACGUUCAGGACGCAGGCCAAGGAGCCUGGGACGUACACGCUGCGGCAGCUGUGCGCCUCGGCGGGCCCCGUGUGCUUCGUCCUCCCGCACCUCUACCCGCUGGCACAGUAUGACGUGUACUCCCAGGAGCCACAGUUGCACGUGGAGCCGCUGGCCGAUAGUCUUUUGGCUGGUAUUCCUCAGAAGGUCAAGUUCACUGUCACUACUGGCCAUUACACAGUAAAAAACGGGGACAGCCUCCAGCUCAGCAAUGUGGAAGCCAUGCUCAUCCUGUGCCAUGCAGACAACAGAGCAGUGAUCUAUUCUAACACGAGAGAAAAGGCUUCUGAGGCGUCACUCCGCGUUCAGUCGUCCGACAAAGUCACAAGUAUCAGUCUGCCGGCUGCGCCUGCAUACCACAUGAUCGAAUUUGAACUGGAAGUCCUGUCCUUACCUUCAGCUCCAGCAGCUGGAGGGGAGAGCAACACGCUGGGGGUGACAGAGGCCCAAAGGAAGCAUAAGGACACGCAGAAAGCUGGCUGCUGCAUGGCUACCACGGACCACAAAGUGUCCAUCGAAUGCCCGUGGUCCAUCUACUCCACCGUCAUCGUGCUGACAUUCAGCAUGCCCUUCAGGACCACACACGCUCUGCUGUCCUCAGGGACACGGAAAUAUAUUCAAGUUUGUAUCCAGAAUCUGUCGGAACUUGACUUCCACCUGUCAGAUAGUGAUCUUGUAGACAUCGGGGACAGCACUGACCUGCAGCUCCUGCCGCUGAACGUGGAAUCGCAGCAGCACAUCUGCAGCCAGCAGUCGGUGUUCUUCGUCUGGGAGCUGGCAUGGACACGGGAGCCGCCCCCUUCGCUGCGUGCCCGCUUCUCCGUGGGGUUCCGCCCAGCCUCUGAGGAACGACUGUCCAUCUCCCUAAAGCCCUAUACUUAUGAAUUUCAAAUGGAAAAUUUUUUUACGUUGUAUAACGUCAAAGCUGAGAUUCUGCCACCUGCGGGGACGGAGCUCUGUAGGACAGGCUCACUGUGCGCCCUGGAGGUGUCCAUCACGCGCCUCUCGGACCUCCUGGAGGUGGACAGGGACGAAGCACUGACAGAAUCUGACGAGUAUUUUUCCACCAAGCUCAUGUAUGAAGUGGUCGACAACAGUAGCAAUUGGGCAGUGUGCGGGAAAAGUUCCGGAGUCAUCUCCAUGCCUGUGGUCGCUCAGGCCACGCACAGAGUCCACAUGGAGGUGAUGCCCCUGUUUGCGGGCUACCUGCCCCUUCCCGACGUCAGGCUGUUUAAGUACCUCCCGCAUCACUCUGCACACUCCUCACAACUGGAUGCUGAUAGCUGGAUAGAAAACGACAGCCUGUCAGUGGACAAGCAUGUGGAUGACCAGCUGGACAGCAGCAGCAUCAAGAGCAGGGGCAGCGUGCACUCGGCCGCCAGCAGCGAGCACAAAGGCUUGCCCAUGCCCCGGCUGCAGGCGCUGCCGCCUGGCCAGGUCUUCAACUCCAGCACAGGCGCGCAGAUCCUGGUCAUCCCCAGCAAAGAUGACCAUGUUCUUGAAGUCAGUGUCACAUGACCACUCCUCGGCUGACGUGCCCAGACCCUGUGUGAAUGCACUCGACGGGAUCCUGACUCGCUUGUUCUCCAUUGUAACAUUCUAGCUCUAACCAGGCCUGGGGACUCUGCAUGGCCACAGGGGUCUCAGUGCACGGUUGGCCAGCAGAGUCCUACGUUAAGUUUGUGUUGUCAGUGGUGUAAGGUCACUUAUUACUUUCUCAUCCCCCUGUCCCUGUGCUGGUGUCUUCCAGUGCUGGCCCAGAGCCCGCUUCCUUACCCCUCGCUCCCUGCCCACGCGCGCCCUUUAGAGGGGUCUCCCACCGGGCGGCCUUCAGUCUGCCGGUCCUUCACGGGGGUUGUGUGUCCUCCAGGGAGACACUCAGCAGGCCUUGCGGUCUUAUCAGUGACACGUGUGUGCCUUUCCGGUCACACGGCUGCCCAAUUUUCUGGACCUGGUGGAUUUGUCAGUCUCCUAAGGAGUAACAUAGUCCUUUACCUCAGCUCAUCUAGUUGUGCUUUUCUAGAAAA